AUGAAGUCCAAGGUCCAGAGUCCAAGGUCCAGAGUCCAAGGUCCAGAGUCCAAGGUCCAGAGUCCAAGGUCCAGAGUCCAAGGUCCAGAGUCCAAGGUCCAGAGUCCAAGGUCCAGAGUCCAAGGUCCAGAGUCCAAGGUCCAGAGUCCAAGGUCCAGAGUCCAAGGUCCAGAGUCCAAGGUCCAGAGUUCAAGGUCCAGAGUCCAAGGUCCAGAGUCCAAGGUCCAGAGUCCAAGGUCCAGAGUCCAAGGUCCAGAGUCCAAGGUCCAGAGUCCAAGGUCCAGAGUCCAAGGUCCAGAGUCCAAGGUCCAGAGUCCAAGGUCCAGAGUCCAAGGUCCAGAGUCCAAGGUCCAGAGUCCAAGGUCCAGAGUCCAAGGUCCAGAGUCCAAGGUCCAGAGUCCAAGGUCCAGAGUCCAAGGUCCAGAAUCCAAGGUCCAGAGUCCAAGGUCCAGAGUCCAAGGUCCAGAGUCCAAGGUCCAGAGUCCAAGGUUCAGAGUCCAAGGUCCAGAGUCCAAGGACCAGAGUCCAAGGUCCAGAGUCCAAGGUCCAGAGUCCAAGGUCCAGAGUCCAAGGUCCAGAGUCCAACCUAAUUUUACACAAUUGUUUUACAAACUAGUGUCACAACAUAGUUUUGCAACGCUGUCUCACAACCUAUCUUUACAACCUACUUUUGCAACCUUAUUUUAA